UUAUUGAAUCCCAAGCUUUUUCUAGACAAAAACACCCAGGUCAUUUGAUCAUAAAACACUCGUGCCGUUUUGCAUAAGCCCUUCCAAUUGCAUCACAGCCUACGCCUUUUGCAAGAGUCCCUCAAUAACUAGCAUAUUCUACUUCUUUUGCAUUUAGGUUGUAUUACAAAAACAAUUAUUAGAAUCGACCGUUUUUAUUUAUUCUAAGGAGUCACAAAGCUUUUCCAAUAUGUUCAGAUCGUCCAUCAAAGCGUCCAACACCGUCUUCCACAAAGCUGCUAUUGCCUCGGUUGGGUUGACUGGUUUAAGUGCUUCCUAUUUAUUGUACAAAGAUUCGAUGACUGCCAAUGCCAUGACUGCUGCAGAACAUGGAUUACACCCUCCAAGCUAUGACUGGCCUCACAACGGAAUGUUUUCGACGUUUGACCACGCUUCCAUCAGAAGAGGUUUCCAGGUUUACAAAGAAGUUUGUGCUGCUUGUCACUCAUUAAACAGAAUCGCAUGGAGAAAUUUGGUGGGUGUUUCCCAUUCAGCCAGUGAAGCCAAGGCUUUCACCGAAGAGUUGGAGUAUGAAGAUGAACCCGAUGAUGAAGGUAACCCUAGAAUGAGACCCGGUAAAUUAGCGGAUUAUCUUCCAAGUCCUUACCCUAAUGAACAAGCUGCUAGAGCCGGUAACCAAGGUGCUUUACCUCCAGACUUGUCCUUAAUUGUGAAAGCCAGACACGGUGGUGCUGACUAUAUCUUUUCCUUAUUGACCGGAUACCCAGAAGAGCCUCCAGCAGGUGUCCAAUUACCUCCCGGAUCUAAUUACAACCCUUACUUCCCAGGAGGUUCUAUUGCCAUGGGUAGAGUAUUGUUUGAUGAAUUGAUUGAAUAUGAAGAUGGUACUCCUGCCACCACUUCUCAAAUGGCUAAGGAUGUUUCGACUUUCUUGAACUGGGCUUCUGAGCCAGAACAUGAUGACAGAAAGAAAUGGGGAUUGAAGGCCAUCAUAGUGAUUUCAUCAUUGUACUUUUUGUCGCUUUGGGUCAAGAAGUUCAAGUGGCAACCAAUCAAGAACAGAAAGAUCAAGUUCAACCCUCCAAAAAACUAAAUAAUAGAUAGCUUGUUUAAUUUAUAAGAGUAAUAUCUGCAAAGUAAAGAUGGGUGGUGGGCCUGUCUCGGGUAGUUGUCAGUAGUUCAGAAACCCUACCAGCUAAGCUAAAACUAUACCGGCUCACAGCAUUUGAAAGUCCCACUGGUCGCUCUAACCAUAACUAUGUUCUCAGACACACCAAAGUUCUUACCAACCAGCUACCGGCACCUUCCGCUGGAAACGGGUCGUGUCCCCCUAACGCUCAUCCGGCGAAUUAAGUACUGCGGUUGCGCAGCCCGGCC